AUGCGUGGCCUCUUAGCUUUUGUGAUUUUCUUCUCAAUUUCAACAUUCUCGUUUAGUUAUGCAACCGUAACUUCUAUAGAUACUUUGUGUAUAUUUGAAGCUAGAUGGCAUCUGUUUAUAAUCAACGAUAUCUCUGAAGACAUCACAAUUCAUGUAAGAUCACAAGACCAUGGUCUUGGAAAAGAAACCCUUCCUUAUCAAGAAACGUACGACUGGGACUUUUGUGAAAACGGAAAAAUUGAAUUUUCUGGUGAGUUUUGGUGGAAUUCAAAAUAUCAAAGUUUGAUGUUAUAUGAUGAACCAGCCUGGCAGAUAUGCCAUAACACAAAGAAGGUUACUCAACAUUGUUAUUGGUUAGUAAGACCUGAAGGCUUUUAUAUUGGUAGGGAGAAUGUGCCUUUUCCUAGUGAAAAUUGGCAGUUAAAAAAACCAUGGUGA